CUCUGCAAGCGCUUGAGCCAGUCUGUAUCACUUACAGCCUUGUGCAAUGUUUUGGUGGACAUCUGAAAUAACAUAUUGAACACUAGAAAGGCUGAAGAACAUAUAUUUAUACCACCGGUAUUUCCAUCUAUAUUAGUGACAGUAUAUCUAAAGCUAUCUAAAACAGUUUAAUUCAAAACAAUACAUCAAUGAACAACUAUAAUAAUGAUAGACAUUUAAUGUCAGCACUUAAAAAAAUGUUCUUAUUGUUUUAUGGCAAUUUUCAGGGAUGGAAAGUUAGCAACAAGUACUCAUCUUUUAUGUACUAUCUACUUCACUACAUUUCAAAGGAAAACUACUAUUACUACUACUACUGCUACUACUACUUUUUCCUCCAUGCACUUUUUUAAAGGGUUUACACAUAAAGUUUAAUUAAAUUCUGUAGAACACUGUAUCAAGGAUGGAAUCCUUCAAAUCACUGAAAUAGAACACAAAAUAAAAUUUGAUCUGUCCAAACAAACAACAAAUCUUUUUUUUAUCAGCUGACUGAUGAAAACAUGCUAACAGCAAAAGUACUCUUAUUUUGGGACCAAUAUGAUGACAGAUUAAUAUGCUGAAUUAGGUAUUUGCAUUUCCUGUUUGCCGUGUCCCUGUAGGCGUACACAUGUACAGACUAUCACUGGAUCACUUUGAUACUUUGACCACAGUCUCUGCCACAUGAACAGUUUUCUUCACAUCUGCAGCUGAUCUCAACAAGGCACAGGAUCCCCCACUUACACUGCCUCUUAUACCUGUCAACCACCCUCUCAUCCACCCUCUACACAGUAACCUCACAUAAUAAUGUUUACUAACCUGAUAGGCAUUACAUUACCAUAUACCUUUUGAACAUUGCAAAUAGUCUUUAAACUUAAUGCUGUGAUAGUUAAUUCCCUGGAGAAUAAUUUGCAGAAAUAAAUAACAUAUUGUCUUUUUAUAAUUGUCUUAGUUUUUAUGUUAUUGUCAAUUUGCUUCUUGACUGCAGUACUUGCUUUUACUAUUGUAAAAAAAUCUAAAAAUAUUUAUUGUUAUGCACCAAUAUAGUGAGGCUCAGAGGUGCAUGUGAAAACCUAGACUACUAAAACCUAAACCAGAUUACUACAGAAAACUUAAAAACAUGAGGAUUCUCACGCAAGUGAAGGACUGAUUAUUUAAUAUAGCUCUAUGGCACGGAGGAAGAUACUUGGCAGCAGAAGACAUUCAUUAUAGGUCUGGGUCUUUUCAGGGGAUUUAAGAAGAGUAUAGAAUAUCACCAGCCUCAACAUUUAAUAUUUGAAGGGAAUUUUGGCCUUGUUUGCCUCACUUGGAUAGUCAAAAGUCUAGUGCGAAAGGAAAUAAAGACAGCCUUAGGCUGCUGGUCCAUUAGGACAGCCCCCUCUUUCUGUGUGCUGACAUUGGCAUUGACACUGGAGCUGCUUAAUCUUAGAUAUUUGGAGAUGUUUGCUGAGAUGAUAAUUUGUCAUGUCAUCUUGACAUGAAUUCCACUGAGGCCUCCUUACUGUAGAACAGUGUGAAAAUGGAGACUGAGAUGGUCCCUGUAGAUCAUAAUCAACACAUCUGUGUCACUGUUAGUGGAGUUUUUUGCAGUAACUCAGCUGACAUGAAAGGUUUGAGUUACCCUGAAAAGGAUGAGGUUGACAGUUAAAUCAAAAAGACAAAGGUUGCCAUGGCGCCGCCGCAGGUGGCAGCCCUUUCAGCACAUUCAAAAAACUUAUAUCCAUGCGUUCGGUGAAUGGAGCUGAAUCUCCCCAUAUAGACCACGUCCAUUACCCCCUGGAAUUUUUUUUCUAGCGUGAAAUGUCCAUAAACUACUUUUUCGUGUUCCUCCUACACGCUUUCUCUGAUUCGCAAAAAAGUUUUCACGUAGCAUCUGUGGACCGUCCGUAUAAAAAAGUCAUUUAAAGAAUUUUGAUAUUUCAAAAAUAAGCAUGUUAUAAAAUUAAAACUUCCUGUUGUUUUUUCAUUCAUUCAUGUCAUUGUGUAUGUUUCAUUCAUGUUAAAAAUAAGCAUUUUAGCCUGAAGUCAUUCUUUUGAUAUUUUAUGUUUGCAGGUUGACAAGGCGGUGCUAUCCGUCAUGACUGAUGAACAAAUGGCAAAAUAUAUCACUUCAUAUGGCGACCGAGUAGCUGUCCUCUCCUUUUGUCAAAGCACAAAAUGCAGCACGGAUAAAGAGACUCUUAUACAGAGAUUAAGAGAAAAAAUAGGAUCACGGAAAAUGAAAUCAAAGACAAAAGGACAGCUGUGUGGUGCAUCAGGUGUGUUCCAAACGCACGGUGAAGGGAUGGCCAGACAUGGUAAUAAUGGAGCAGAUAAGACUUCCCGGAAGAUUGAAAUUGGAUGGCUUCAUUUUGGAGUGGGGAAAUACCAACAAGUAAGGACCGGAAAUGGUGGAGGAACAAGACACUUAGCAGUGAACAAAACAACAACUGUUGCUCAGAUUUUGGAAAUGGGGAAGGGGCUAUUUUUCCCAGAUGGACACUCAACAAAGGGGAGGGUUGAAGAAUUUACCUUCAGUGUGUGUGAUUUUAAACGAAAGCAAAUUCCUCUAGAUUACACUGUAGGUGGCCUUUAUGAGCAACUAAACUGAAAAUCCUACGAUUUUACAUUUCCACAAAAGAAAAAGAAGAACAAAAAGAACUUUCAACAAAUCAACCCCCACCUGUUGAAGAAUGCAGUGAAGACUCCUUCCAAUCAUCUGACAGUGACAUUAGUGAACAGAAUCUGCAGAUGUCAACAUGAUUUAAAAAACAAAGAGUAACAUCUGGGACCAUGACAGCAGAAGGCCCAGGAAAAUGGCGUCACUUGCAUUCUACCCCAACUCACUUUAGCCAGGAACAGGACACCAGCUCAAAUGAAAUCGUCGAUCUGACCAAUGCCGAUCCUUGUGACUACCCUCAAGCAGAGCCUAGGCAAAUCUAUCAUGAAGAUGUUUCAGAGUCAGAUGAGGCAGAUACAAUUGAAUGGAAUCCAGAAGACGACCUCGGUGGAGCAGAUGUUGAUGACACAGUCAUAUUAACAUUGAAAUAUGUCAACAAUGAGGGUGCCACACAGAGUAUUGAGCUGCAUGAAGAACCUGUGCAGGAUUUACACCUCCCAUCAUCUUCAGCUGAUGGCCUGCCUUCACUACAUGUACCAUCAAUACUUGAAGCACAAGUGCAAACUGCAGUGCAACCCCAAGAUUUGCCAUCGAGUUCAACCAGACAACUUUUCGUGUCAGCCUCAGCUGCCAGUUCAGCAGAUCUAGAGGACAUACGACAUGCAUCAAUUCACAGGAUAAAGGUUGUUAAAGAUCUUUUGGCUGUAUUUAUGGACAGUAGCAUAGUUCAUUCAACUCUAAAGAUGGACUUUGUAAAUGAAAAAGCUAUUGAUGAUGCUGGAGUGUCAAGGGAGGUUUACACUGCAUUCUGGGAGCAAUUUCUUGAACAGUGUGAAGGUGAAACUGAGCGAGUACCAAGACUGAGGCCAGAUUUUGGUGAGGCUGAAUGGCAAGCAGUUGGACGGAUUUGGGUGAAGGGAUUACUAGAUCAUGGUGUCAUUCCAGUGAGGCUCUCAAAAGCUUUCAUUGUAGCUUGCAUUUAUGGGACCGACUCGAUUGAUGGAGACAUCCUUUUGACGUCAUUUCUCAACUUCCUCGCUCCUGUUGAAAGAUCGGUCGUGGAGAGGGCUCUCCAGGGCACAAUGGAAGAAGGUGAUGAAGAGGAUCUGCUUGACCUGUUUACAAGUAUGGGUUCCCAUUUCCUACCUACAAAGGAAAACAUGGAGACUGCCAUAGAAACAAUGGCUCAUAAAGCCAUUAUCCAAGAGCCAAAGUACAUCAUUGAUUGUUUCUCUACACCCAUGGCCCUUGUACAGCCAAAUCUGCCAGACAAAGAAAGGGUGUUGUCUCUGUACGAGACAAAGAAGGCCACUGGGAAAAGAGUGUGUCAGCUGUUGGAAACGACAAAGUUGGUGCUCUCUCAGAGAGAACAGACAACCUUUAACCAUCUCCAACGCUAUGUGAAAAAUGCUGAUCAAACUAAAGCUGAAAAGAUCCUGCGCUUCUGCACAGGCUCUUCUGUGAUAUGUGUUGAAAAAAUAUUGGUAACCUUCAAUGCUGAAAUUGGACUUAACAGAAGGCCUGUUGCUCAUACUUGUGGGGCUACCCUUGAAGUACCGUGUACUUACAGCUCUUACCCAGAAUUCCGCACUGAAUUUGACAACAUCUUGUCCAGCAGCUACUUUGAAAUGGACAUCCUUUGAAUCAUGAACUUUGAGCAGUACUUGCCAGGCAUGAUUGUGAACUGUGUAAAUUUGAAAGGAAUAUUAUAUUUAAUUUAGUAUUUGGGUUUGUUUAUUUUUAUUAUUCUUAUUUUUUACAUUGUUAUGUCAUGCCACAGAGCCACCUGCAAACAGUCUGCAAUUAGUUAGUGCAAUAGUUUGUCACUAUAGUUUUGCAAAGAAAUGUUAGCCUUGACAGCUGCUUUCACUUCUGUCAGUUUGACUCCAGACCAGAAUCAAGGCAAGAGUUGUUGCAAAUAUAAACAGUUGUCCAUCACUAGUAGAAUUGUUGAUGUGAAGGUUUUAGUCAUUAUUUUUUACUUUAUUCAAGAAAAUACAUUGUUUGAAUUGUAAUGUUAAACACCUAUAUGUAAUGCUUUUCACAAAAUACAAAUGUAUGUUAUGUGUAAUAUGCUCUGAAAAGAGCUGCCUCCAACUAUAAGCUAUAAUGUCCUCUAUUGGCCUUGAGAAUGUGUUACGAAUAUUUCCAAUAUUUCACAUUGAUUUAAUAUUGACUUAACACUGCACCAAAUUGACAUUUUACAUCUCUGCAAAUUUCACUUUAGAAAAAAAAAUUGCAGAUUGCCAUUAAAUGCCUUUUGUAUUUUUAAGUUCUUGAUUGGUCUUACCUUAUUGGCAAAUUUAGAUUCAGGGAUGCGGGCCAGGAUUUUACACUUAAAGACAACAAUACAGAAUAAUCCUUAAUAUCUCCACAUUCUUAAAAACAUCAAGCACUUUACCACUUUUUUACAUUGCAGGGGUUGUUGAUGGACUUUAUCAUACAGAGAUAUUUUCUGUUUACAUGUGACUGGAUGUUUGCACUACUUGAUUUUGGUAGUAAAGUUCUACAAAUUGUC